CUAAGGGCGACCCUCGGAGACGCGGCGCCAGGCGAGCGCCGACUAGCAGCCUCCCGGACCUCGGGGCGCCGCCUGCCCGCCUUUGUCUCCCGGAGGCCGCGGCUCGCAGCCGGUGCCGCGAUUCCCUUCCUCUUUCUCCGGGAGGGGAAGCAGCGGGACAAGCUGAGCGGCUGCGGCGGAGGAGUGGCCGAGCCGAGGCCCGGCGGCCGGGCUGCUGCCGCGCGGCGCUCCGGGAGGUUCACCUCCGGGCCACCGGCGGCGACGGGCUCCCCGGCCAUGGUGCCGCGAUCCGGACCCCGGGCCGCCGGCAGAGCGGCUCGGUCGCUGCGCACCGCGGUGUAGGCGCCUGCGCUCGCCCAGCCUGAGCGCGGAGGGCAGGAGCUGCAACUUCGCCUUGGAAGUUGCAUAACUGCGCUUGAGGAGGCUGUGAAGAUGUCUGUUGACAGUGUACCAUGUAUGCCCCUGACUCCAGGGGCCACUCCCCUGCCUUUCUGCAGCCUCAGAAUGGAAGCGGCCACCGCUUAUCCGGCUACGUCCCAGGGAAGGUUGUCCCUCUGCGGCCCCCGCCUCCUCCAAAGAGCCCUACUGCAGCCAAGUUGACCUCCAUCAGACAGGAAUCGAGGGCCUCCUUUGCCUUCUCUCCUGAGGAACAUCAAGGUCAGAGAGAAAGCCGAAAGCAGAAGAGGCACAAGAACACUUUCAUUUGCUUUGCAAUCACUAGCUUCUCAUUUUUUGUUGCACUUGCUGUAAUUUUAGGAAUAUCCUCAAAAUAUGCUCCCGAUGAGAACUGCCCAGAUCAAAACCCCCUUCUCAGGAACUGGGAUCCAGGACAAGAUGCUACAAAGCAAGUUGUUAUCAAAGAGGGAGAUUUGCUCCGGCUAACCUCAGACGCCACAGUAAAUUCAAUUGUCAUCCAAGAUGGAGGACUCCUUGUAUUCGGGGAUGAUAAAGAUGGAUUCAGAAACAUUACUUUGAGGACUCGUUCCAUCCUGAUCAAGGAUGGUGGGGCGCUUCAUAUUGGAGCAGAAAAAUGCCGCUAUAAAUCCACAGCAACAAUCACCUUGUAUGGCCGGUCAGAUGAAGGGGAAGCCCUGCCAGCGUUUGGUAGGAAGUUCAUUGGGGUGGAGGCAGGGGGGAGCCUGGAGCUACAUGGGGCCCCCAAGAGGUCCUGGACGUUGCUGGCCAGGACUCUGCCCGCCUCAGGCUUGGUGUUCGGCUCCCACAUUUUUGAAAAAGACUUCUCCAGGGGCCUCAAUGUGAGAGUCGUCGACCAAGACACGGCCCAGGUGCUGGAAAAUGCCAGGUUUGAUACCCAUGAGUACCACAAUGAAAGCAGGCGGCUUCAGGAACUUCUGAGAGCCCAGGAGCCAGGCCGCAUUGUGGCCAUCGCUGUGGGAGACUCGGCAGCCAAAAGCCUCCUGCAGGGAACCAUUCAGGUGAUCCAGGACCGGCUGGGAAGUAAGCUGAUCCAAGGCCUGGGCUAUAGACAAGCUUGGGCUUUGGUCGGUGUCAUCGAUGGAGGAAGUACUGCUUGCAAUGAAUCUGUGCGGAACUAUGAAAACCACAGUAGUGGUGGAAAGGCUCUAGCACAAAGAGAAUUCUAUACCUUGGAGGGCCAGAAGUUUGUGGUAACAGCAUAUAGCGAGUGGAUUGAAGGAGUUUCUCUUUCAGGCUUCAGAAUUGAAGUUGCAGAUGGAGUGACCCUUGACCUGUUAGAUGAUGUCAGUAGCUGGAAAGCCGGAGACCAAAUUGUGGUGGCAAGCACAGACUACUCCAUGUACCAGGCAGAGGAGUUCACUCUGCUCCCCUGUCCUGAGUGCAGCCAGUUCCAGAUCAAAAUCAAAGAAAUUCCUCAGUUCCUACAUGUGGGUGAGAUCGUAGAUGGUGUGGACAUGCGAGCUGAGGUCGGAAUUCUCACCCGGAAUAUUGUGAUCCAGGGAGAAAUGGAAGAUGCCUGCUAUGCUGAAAACCAGUGUCAGUUCUUUGAUUAUGAUACCUUUGGAGGACAUGUCAUGAUAAGGAAGAAUUUCACAUCAGUGCAUCUUUCUUAUGUGGAACUGAAGCACAUGGGUCAACAGAAUUUAGGGCGAUACCCCAUCCAUUUCCACCUGUGUGGAGACGUGGAUCACAAAGGAGGGUAUAGACACCCGGCCUUUGUGGACGGGCUGUCUAUUCACCACAGCUUCUCCAGGUGCAUCACCGUGCAUGGGACCAAUGGCUUGCUGAUCAGAGACACCAUUGGGUUUGACACACUAGGCCAUUGUUUCUUUUUGGAGGACGGCAUUGAACAGAGAAAUACUUUGUUCCACAAUUUGGGUCUGCUCACCAAGCCAGCCACUCUCCUCCCCACUGACCGGAAUAACUCUGUGUGUACUGCCAUGCGGGACCGAGUGUUUGGAAAUUAUGUUCCUGUCCCUUCCACUGACUGCAUGGCUGUUUCAACCUUCUGGAUUGCUCAUCCCAACAAUAAUCUGAUUAAUAAUGCAGCUGCAGGCUCACAGGAUGCUGGGAUAUGGCACUUAUUCCACAAAGAACCUACUGGGGAAUCCAGUGGACUGCAGAUGUUAGCAAAACCAGAACUCACUCCAUUGGGCAUAUUUUAUAACAACAGGGUUCACUCAAAUUUUAAGGCUGGCUUGUUUAUUGACAAAGGUGUGAAAACGUCCAACGCCAGUGCUGCUGAUCCGCGGGAAUACCUCUGUUUGGAUAACAGUGCAAGGUUUCGGCCUCAUCAGGAUGCAGACCCUGAAAAGCCACGUGUUGCUGCUUUAAUUGACAGGCUUAUUGCUUUUAAAAAUAAUGACAAUGGAGCUUGGGUCAGAGGGGGAGACAUUGUCGUCCAGAAUUCAGCAUUUGCAGAUAAUGGAAUUGGACUGACCUUUGCCAGUGAUGGAAGCUUUCCAAGUGAUGAAGGCUCUAGCCAGGAAGUCUCUGAGUCUCUGUUUGUGGGAGAGAGCAGGAAUUACGGCUUUCAAGGUGGACAGAACAAGUAUGUAGGCAUUGGAGGGAUAGAUCAGAAGCCCCGGACCUUACCCAGGAACAGGACAUUCCCUAUUCGUGGCUUUCAGAUUUACGACGGGCCAGUUCAUCUUACCAGAUGCACGUUCAAAAGAUACGUGCCCACUCCAGACCGGUACACCAGUGCCAUUGGCUUCCUCAUGAAGAACCCUUGGCAAAUCACUCCCAAGAAUAACAUCUCUCUUGUGAAGUUUGGUCCGCAUGUAUCUCUGAAUGUCUUCUUUGGCAAGCCUGGGCCCUGGUUUGCAGACUGUGACCUGGACGGUGACAAGAACUCUAUAUUCCACGAUGUCGAUGGGUCAGUGACAGGCUACAAGGAUGCAUAUGUUGGGAGAAUGGACAACUACCUGAUCCGCCACCCGAGCUGUGUCAACUUUACCAGGUGGAAUGCAGUGGUCUGCAGUGGCAAGUACGCCCAGGUCUAUGUGCAGACCUGGAGCACCCAGAACCUCUCCAUGACCAUCGUCCGAGAUGAGUACCCGUACUUCCCCAUGACUCUGCGGGGCAUCAACCAGAGGGCCACCUUCCCCCAGUACCAGCCUGUCAUCAUGCUGGAGAAGGGCUACACCAUCCACUGGAACGGCCCAGCGCCCCGGAUUGCCUUCCUGUACCUCAUCAACUUUAACAAGGAUGACUGGAUUCGUGUUGGCCUCUGCUAUCCAUCCAACACCAGCUUCCAGGUCACCUUUGGCUUUUUCCAACGACAGAAUGGCUCCUUGUCCAGGAUGGAAGACUAUGAACCUGUUUCCUCACUCGAGGAGCUGCAGAGGAAGCCAUCGGAACGCAAGUUCUAUUUUGACUCCAACACGGGGUUGCUGUUUCUUUAUCUCAAAGCCCAAAGCCAGCGGGAGGGCCACAGCUACUGUUCUCCUCACGGAUGCGAGCGAGUCAAGAUCCAGGCAGCAACUGAGUCAAAAGACAUUAGUAACUGCAUGGCCAGAGCCUACCCCCGCUACCACACCAAGCCAUCUGCCCUCCGGCAGAUACCAUCCAUGCUCAAGGGACUCUGUCCAGGCUGUGGGGCGCACCAGGUGGUAUUUACUAGUGAUCCUCAUAAAACCUACCUCCUCGUGCAGUUCCAGUCCCCCAGCAAAGCAGAGACUCAGCGAGGAGACCCGUCUAUUAUCUCUGUCAAUGGAACUGAGUUUACCUUCCGAAGCACCGGUGUCCUCCUGGUGAUUGUGGAUGCCUGCAGUGCGCCUUUCCGGGUGACAGAAAAAAAGUUUUUCUCAUUCACUGAAGUCAGUCACAUGGAAGAGUAUCUAAGGACAGGCAUCCCAGCAAGGUCAAUAGUUCUAUUAAGUACAAGAGGAGACAUAAAGCAGUUGAAUAUUUCCUACUCAUUAGUAUCUCUGGGAUUAGCCAAACCAGCUCAUCUUUAUAAUAAAGGGAGCACCAUAUUUUUGGGAUUCAAAGGAAUCUUUAAACCCUCCUGGACUAAGCUUUUUAGCAGUCCUGCUGAAGAAGGCCUUGGUCCACUGGAACAAUUCAUUCCUCUACAACUGGAGGAAUAUGGCUGUCAGAGAGCCAGCGCCCCCCGCAGGAGAGACCUGGAGCUGCUGAAGCAAACUUUGAGAGCUCGAUAGAGACUGGGGUGACUGAAGUGCCAGGGGGGAAAAUGUGAACUAACUUAUUUAAUUUAUGGCAUUUAAAAUGACACUGUUAACCCAAUGGGACCGUUUUCCUGUUUGACCCAGAAAGGGGAGAAAAAGUUUAUCAAGAAGCUUGAAUACCAGGUCAUGCAUCUUCUAGCUGUACAAAGCAUCAAGCGACUUUGUAUUUGUCAGGCUGGUGUCUUCAGAGAGCAGCUCUUCUCUCCCUCACUCUCUGCUCCAGCAUUUUGCAUGGACCACCAGUAGUAGUUGACCGGGCGUGCGCGUGCGCGUGUGUGUGCGCGCGCGUGCGCGCUCGCAUGCGCGCGCGUGCUUGGGUGGGAGAGUUACCCUGGGUCUGCUAGAGAAUCAGCUCUUACAACCCUUUGGAGACUUGGGCUCUUGGGCUCAGUUGUGUCCUUUGCUUUGGGUCAGCAGUUGACUGGAUUGGCCAGCUGGCUUGCUUGGGUAGAGAAGGGCUGUGGCUAUUGGCAGCUUUUGAGGAUUUUACAUGAUGCUGAGUAACAGACUUUUAACAACUCAGGCCCAGUUCACGCCCACCCACCCCCCCUUUUUUGCCUGGGCGUGUGCUCUUUUUAUCCAUUUAUAUAUUCUAAGAGUUCAACUUCAAACAGGAAGCAAGCUGUGGGGACAAAAGGGCUUCGAGGGAUUAGAUAUCCCUUUAAUCUGUGACCAUUGGGGCAAAAUGUCAACCUGCACAUAAGUCUAAGGUUGUUGGGACCUUUUUUUCCUUUUUUUAAAACAGCUUUAAUCCUCAGCCUGUUUGGACUGUAUAUUUGUGUUUAAAAUGCAGAGCUAAGCUGAGUAUUCACUUUUCUCCUCCUUAUCCAUCCCCCUCUCAAAAAGCAGGUCAUUUUCUUGAACUGUAAACUUAUAUCAGCUUGCACAAAGGAAGUCUGUUCUUGGGGUUGUCCCUGCACCUGGGUUUUUAGUUGGCUUUCUGUUCAGUUUCCUGCCAGGACAUUUGCAGAAAGCUUAAUGAUACCCUAAAAUAUUGUACUCAGGGGCAGGGAACCCAAGGGUCAGAAUCCUGGAAGGAAUAUCAGAAGUGAACCUCUUUGUAGUUUUUAAGGAGCUGGUCACUUUUAAGUUGUUAGAAACUUCUUUCUUAUUAGAUAGAAGUGGAGAGGCAAAGCAGAGAAAGCAAAGGAGACCACAUCACCGAAGCUUCCUUCAAUGUAGUGGGGGCCUAGCUUGAAUGUGGGUUGCACACAUGGCAAAGCAGCGCACUAUCCAAGUGAGCUGUUUAUCCAGCCUAGAUAAAAACUCUUUAAAAGAUAGCAUAGUGCCCUGUUUCCCAUUCCACUGCAUGCAUGGGUCUCCCGACAUCAAGGAUUGUAUGUGGCAAAAGGAGAUUGGCACCAUGGCUUGAAUGCCACCUCACAGGAGGAAAGAAGCAUUGAGAUACUUCUCUUUUUUCCUAAAAGAAGGAUGGGGUGAUCACAACAAGAUGAUAGACAUUGACUUUAAUCCAGGUUGAUUUCAGGUCAGACAAAGUCACUUUGCAAGUGCAAAACCAGUGCUCUGUCCCUUUGUAUCCAGGAGAAACAACUCUGUGACUUGUUAUUUUACAAAAUAUGCUACCUCAAAGUGUUACCCAUAAACCUAACUGUAAGUGCACUCCUGCUGAGGGCACAUGUCUUAAAGUUUAGGGUGUGUUGUUUUUCUUUGUAUAUCAAUGAGUGAGAUCUUACCUAUGAAAAUACACCAUUGGAUUGUGGUUCCUGAAAAUGAUUAAAGUUUCUCUCUCUCUGUGUGUGUGUAUGUAUGUUUUAUGACUUAAAUUCCUUUUGUGUAUGUUUUUGUAGAGUUUGGGUCUUUCAAGAAUUGAAAAUAUGUAAGUUCUAAGGCACUCCAAUUUCCCCCCUGAUUUAUAUGCUAAUGAUCAGGACCUAAGUUAAAUAAAUAAAAAUUUGUGUGCAUGUA